UUUUCAGACAUCAAUGGUCGCGAGUGCAGUUUUUAUAUUGGACCUCAAGGGCAAGGUGCUCAUCUCGCGCAACUAUAGGGGUGAUAUUCCCAUGACAGCCAUUGACAAGUUUAUGUCGCUCAUAUUGGAAGUAGAGGAAGAGCAGCAGACUCCAUCACCAGUCAUUUCAUCCGAUGAUGGCAUCAACUAUUUGUAUAUCCGUCACAAUAACCUGUUCUUGGUUGCUAUAACUAAAAAGAAUUCAAAUGCAGCCACAAUCCUAUUAUUUCUUCACAAACUUUGCGAGGUAUUUGCCGAGUAUUUUAAAGAGCUGGAAGAGGAGUCCAUCAGAGACAAUUUUGUUAUUAUUUAUGAGCUUUUGGAUGAAAUGAUGGAUUUUGGGUAUCCUCAAACAACAGAAUCAAAGAUUUUACAAGAAUACAUCACUCAGGAAUCGUACAAACUGGAAAAGCAGGCACGACCUCCCAUGGCAGUAACAAAUGCAGUGUCUUGGCGAUCUGAAGGGCUCAAGUACAGGAAAAAUGAAGUGUUUUUGGAUGUGGUCGAGUCUGUCAAUCUGUUGGUGAAUGCCAACGGAAAUGUUGUACGAAGUGAAAUUCUCGGUGCAGUCAAGAUGAAGUGUUAUCUAAGUGGAAUGCCAGAUGUUCGUCUUGGACUUAAUGACAAGGUUAUGUUUGAAAACACUGGACGAGCUGCAUCUAAAGGAAAAGCAAUUGAAAUGGAGGAUGUCAAAUUUCAUCAAUGUGUUCGUCUUUCCCGAUUUGAAAAUGAUCGUACAAUUUCAUUUAUUCCUCCAGAUGGGGAGUUUGAGUUAAUGUCGUAUCGUUUAAACACAGAGGUGAAACCACUUAUCUGGACCGAAGCCAUUAUUGAAACACAUGCUGGCUCGCGAAUUGAGUUUAUGAUCAAGGCCAAAGCACAAUUCAAACGACGAUCAUCAGCCAACAAUGUGGAAAUUGUGGUUCCAGUGCCUGAAGAUGCAGACACACCCAAAUUUAAAACCAACAUGGGCUACUGCGAGUAUGCACCAGAGAAGAAUUCGUUUGUGUGGAAAAUCAAGCAAUUUCCCGGUGGUAAAGAGUUUGUUUUGCGUGCACACUUUGGACUUCCCAGUGUCAAGAAUGAGGAUCCUGACAAACGACCGCCCAUCUCAGUCAAGUUUGAAAUUCCAUACUUUACUACUUCGGGCAUACAAGUAAGAUAUUUAAAAGUAGUGGACAAGAGCGGUUACCAAGCAUUUCCGUGGGUACGAUACAUUACCCAAAAUGGAGAUUACUUUUUACGUAUGCCAGAGUCGUUGCGAGACUCGAGCAAAUUGUCGGAAAUAUAGUCAAAACUAUGCCUCAACUUCAAGCCAUAAAUACCUGCUUAGUAUGUUGCAGAAUCUGGCAGGAGAAACGGAUAGAUUACUUUUCCAAUAGGAUCGAAUAUUUGAAUGAAGCUGUGAUGAGGAUUAUAUAUAUUUU